AUGCUGCUGGGACGUUGGGGCAAACCUGGUGGUGGGAGGCUACCGAGACCAAUUCUCAAGCCAAAUAUCUAAUGUGUGUUUGUGUGUGUGUGUGUGUUAGCCGAGCAAACACGACAAUGUUAUGCCUCUAACUUCAUCAAAAUGAAGCCUAGUUAUGGCACUCAACUUGCUUCAGAAACAAGCGAUGGGGAUUUAAUAUCAGUGAAAUCGUGUGGGUGGGUGGGUGGGUGGGUUGGUUGGAGGAUGGAUAAGGAUCUAUAUCAAUCCUGGACACAAACAAACACACAGACAUCAGACGAACAACUAACAGGACCUAUGUUGACUUGUGUGUCCUGGUUAAUACUUUAGUCACCAUCACUGUGUGUCCUGGUCAGUACUUUAGUCACCAUCACUGUGUGUCCUGGUCAAUACUUUAGUCACCAUCACUGUGUGUCCUGGUCAAUACUUUAGUCACCAUCACUGUGUGUCCUGGUCAAUACUUUAGUCACCACCAUCACUGUGUCCUGGUCAAUUUAGUCACCAUCCUGGUUCAAUACUUUAGUCACCACCAUCACUGUGUGUCCUGGUCAAUACUUUAGUCACCAUCACUGUGUGUCCUGGUCAAUACUUUAGUCACCACCAUCACUGUGUGUCCUGGUCAGUACUUGUAUGCUGUAUAUACAGUACUGUUACAUUGUGAGCCAGUUCCAGUGAUUCAAAAGGUUGAUUGUAUCCCUUUACUACAUGUUCCAGAAAGCAGGCUCAACGAGUUAGCCAGCUAACUGUCCCCAAAACUCUGAAAUAACUUCCUUUUUGAGAAAUAUAGACUUGAAAUUGGAAUUGGAUAAUUGACUCGACAACCAACAACCCAUAAUUAAGCUCGACUUCUGAUAGGUCACCUUCACUGCAUCAUGAAUGUGUGGCUAGGAGCCUCUGCAGAGUCAUUAGACCAGCUCUGGGUUAAUGUAGGAGCCUCUGCAGAGUCAUUAGACCAGCUCUGGGUGAGGGAGAUGCAACCAACUUCCCUUUUACGUCAGCCCGAGCCCCCUCCUCGCUCAUACAGACAAGGCAGGCUCACCCUCCCCCUCAAAGACGCGAUUCCUUCAGAGGCCAAACUUGGAAAGGUAUUAAAGUGGGAUUAGCUUCCCCCACAGUGCAGUGCUUGUGUCAUUCAAAGGGCUCUGUUUUGGAGAGCCGACCCUGUUUGAUUGUGACUAGCAGCAGGAGUCUGAGUGAGGGGGCCAUGCACAGAGAAGAGGUGGGUUUAACCCCCGAUCUAUACACACACACACACACACACACACACACACACACACACACACACACACACACACCCCAGUCCAGCGUUCACUGUUCAUUCCCCUUCUUCAGUUCUUCAGCUUUACUUCUCCUACCAGCUUCAGUGAACCUCUCUCUCCUCUCGGGCCCCCGCGCCCCUCCUGGAGAGGGUGGGGUGGGUCGGUUGCCAUAGCGGGAGCGUCACGCAUGGAUAUUCCGAACCGACCCCGUUGAGAAUGGAGCUCAGGGGCCCCCAACACUGGGGCAAAAGUCUGGAUUAAACUCCGGAACAAUGCCGGACAGAAAGAUUCCUCAAGGGACAAAUGGGAAUUACAGGCCCCGUAAUAAUGCAAGGUGACAGAGAGAGGAAGUGGGAAAAUAAUGUCCUACAAGAUUAGAUUAGAUUAGCCAGUUUGGUAAAAGGACAAGAGAAGAAGAGAGAGAAUGGAAAGCAGACUGAUAGAAUGAUAGAAUGGAAAGCAGACUGAUAGAAUGAUAGAAUGGAAAGCAGACUGAUAGAAUGAUAGAAUGGUCCUCUGUAGUUCAAUUGGUAGAGCACAGCGCUUGUAACGCCAGGGUAGUGGGUUCGAUCCCUGGGACCACCCAUACGUAAAAAUGUAUGCACACAUGACUGUAAGUCGCUUUGGAUAAAAGCGUCUGCUAAAUGGCAUAUUAUUAUAGAAUAGAAAGUAGACUGAUAGAAUGAUAGAAUAGAAGCCAGACUGAUUCCAUCCGGAUGGGAGGUUGUAACACUUCCCUGAGUUGUAUGGAAGUCACCGUUCUAACCUUUCACCCUUUAAUUCCAUUUGAUUUGGCUGACUGGGAUUCUGAUAUGACUUUGGCCUGAUUGUGACAGCAUGCAUAUGUAACCGAUGUGAAAUGGCUAGCUAGUUAGCGGUGCGCACGAGUAGCGUUUCAAUCGGUGACGUCACUCGCUCUGAGACCUUGAAGUACUUGUUUCCCUUUGCUCUGCAAGGGCCGCGGCUUUUGUGGAGCGACGGGUAACGGUGCUUCGAGGGUGACUGUUGUCGAUGUGUGCAGAGGGUCCCUGGUUCAAGCCCAGGUAGGGGCGAGGAGAGGGACGGAAGCAACACUGUUACACAUAGUCCCAUCCUUAAGGGCUAUACUUUGUAAAGCCUUUGUCAAGAGAAGAUUUGUAAGCUAUGAGAAUGAACUAGGGCUGGGCAGUAUACCGUAUUUGACUAUAUACCGGUAUUGAUGCACCGGCCGGUUUGUUUUUUUACUUUACCUUCUAUAACGGUAUUUGAAUGUUUGGUUUGUGAAAUGUGAUACGCCAUGUGUAACAUCCAUUUUUAUAGUUUACUUCGCUACUUGAGUCAUCUCUCUACGCUCUCUCUCUCUCCAUGCCGCUUUCCACACAGACCUAGCCCCGCCCCCUGUCGCUCAAGGACCUAAAUUGUUGUUCCUCGACCAAGAGACACUUGUGUUCAGUCUGCAAUGCAUGGUCAAUGCAGCACAUGCAACAAUGUUGAUGAAAACGACGCUGUUUUCACUUUGCUUCUUAAUACGAAUCCACUAGUGUUCUGUAAUUACACUAUUAGUUUGUGUUUCUUACAUCUGCAAACAGCUAGUUGUUUUUUUUCAUAGCAAGUUGAGCCUAAAUAUUGUUAGCCUCUAAUUGUUAGCCGCUAAUGCUAAUCGCUAGCUAGUUAAUAAAUGUACUGAGUCAGAGCAAACGUAGCUAGCUAUACAACCUGAUAAUACCAGGGAUGGUGUAGACCUACAUCACCAUGUUUGUGCAACAGUAUCUUCUAAAUCAAAGAGUAAUACGUGAAGCAAGAAUAUGUUAGCUAUGAAGCUAAGAGAGAACAUUCAAUGUAGCCAAAGAUUAUAGGGUCCCCUAGGAAACACUUAUAAACACUUUGGUUCCUACCCUGUCACAAUAACUCCUCCCUGGCAUUUUAAUUCGUUGUCAUAUCAAACACUGUAUUCAAAGUGCCCACUAUUAUAUUCUAAAUAUAGAAUUAGAAUAAUCAUUUUAUUUCCAUGAUUCCAACAGUUCACCCAAGUGUUUUGCUCUAAAUCACAAGUCAAAUCGCAAUUGCAACAUUUGGUAAAUGUUUGCCCAUAUCGUUACAGCCCUACGUGGCAGUGUGGAAAUGAUCUCAAAUGAGUGCAAUAAACGCAGUAAAUGCAGAAAUGUAUGAAAAUGCUGAAAAUCAUGUUUGGGUUUAAGUUGAAUUGAACAGUAUAAAACAAUCAGAAUGGAGAAAGACACAUUUGAAAUCACUUAGAGUGUGUGUGUGUUGCCACCCUAGGGUCUCGCACGACUCAUAAAGCAAAUUUAGAACUUUUAAAAACAUAAAAUACCGCCAAAUACCGUCAAAUACCGCCAAAUACCGCCAAAUACCGCCAAAUACCACCAAAUACCGCCAAAUACCGUCCAAUUUGUUUUAAAUACUGUGAUAAGAUAUUUUGCCCAUAUCGCCCAGCCCUAGAAUGACCUGUAGAAGAAAGCAUUUUAAUUAGGUUCUCUAGCUCUCUUUAUUACCCUCUCUCUCCCUCUCUUGUAUUUUAUUUCUCUCUCCCAGUCCUUCUCUCCAACCUCCCCCUCUCUCUCUCUCUCUCUCUCUCUCUCUCAUACCCUUGGCGUAUCCAUCAGCCCUGAGGUGCUGUGAUUCGGGGGCAGUGAUUAUUACAGAUGCUGAGCGCGUUAUUAAACAAAGUCUCUGCGGUCAUUAUCAUACGAAGGAGCCGCCACGAGGCAGACGUCAGAGCCGGUUGUAAUCCACACACACCAUGGGGCAUCCACCCUCAGCCCUGUCCCACCCCGGGCCUCGCUGGGGCACCUGCCUGUAAUAUUCAUGAAGCAGGAUAAUUGGUUUGGGACUCGGGACAGCAUGGAGCAGCAGCUGCCUGUGGGAGAGGCGGCUGGUAACAGCAUGUUCUGUAGUUGUAUGGAAGCCAGGACUCUGGCAAUUGUUACUGAGUGGACUAUCCUGGCUAAAUAAAUCAAAUGUAAUUAAGUUCAAUGUAGACUUAGUAGUACCAGACAUGCUACUAUCUGUGGGAAACAGGGGGACCAUUUACCCCCAUAUUGUAUUUGUGUUAUGAAGUUUUAUUCCAACACGUCAAAAUUGGUGUCAGAAGUGGGAUCCGAUGUUUCAGGUUGUAUGGAUAACUGUUUGGUCAAAUGUUUUGCACAUGGGAUCAUUUUAUCCCUGUUAAUUUUUUUAAAUGUUAUAGAUGAUUGGUUGUCAAGAUGUAAUAGAGAUUAGUGCCCGUACUAGUCACAGGCCAUUGUGGGCCUAAUGCUUUCUGUUCUAUAGAGCACUUUGGCUUUUCAGAUGUGUCAUCAAACUCGGAUCGUAGAUUAAAGAUUAUUACUGAACGGUUUCUGCCAACGCCUGCUGCAUCCGUCCCUAGCCUGAAAACCCGACGUUGAAUUGCAUUGGAUUCAACAUCGGGCAUAAAUGAGCGUUUGGAUCAGGAAGGUUUCCUCUCACGACCUCUACAAGUCAGAAUGUUUAAUACAAUUUUAACGUACUUUACCAGUUGCCCAUGUGGUUGGUCCUUUUGGCGAUAGAAAUGUGAGACAAUAUAUCCACAGGAAACUAUAAUUACAGCAACUUUUCAAAGCGUUGGUAGUGAGUUCAUAUUUUUAUCAACUGAAGCAUGCGCAAAAGAUGAAAAUGCAUGCACGAGACGCAUGCAUACCUGCCGAGCAACAUGGUUCUGCGCUUCAGGUGAUAGAAAUCCGAACGCACUACCAGCACUUUCAAAAGUUGAUGUAAUUAUACUUUCCUGUGGAUGUAUUGUCUCACAUUCCUACCACGAAAAAGGACCAACCGCACGGACAACCGGUAAAGUAAGUUAAAAUAUAAUUGUAUUCAACAUUCUGGCUUGUAGAGGUCGUGAGAGGUUACGUUCCUGAUCUUCAAUCUGCUCUUCCUGAAUCACCACCUGAAUCUGAAGUUAGGAUUUGCCCUACUUUGGGAAAGAUCUGAGCUCUGAUGCACAUAAGCAGGUGAAACGUCUGCGAACGCCCCGUUUCCACGGCGAUGAUGGGCAUCUCAUGCGAUCGGCAACGUACGUGCUGCUUUUGCUUAUCGAUCCUCAAUCAGCUAGUCCGUCUGGCAUUAUCAUCAUGACAAUCCCUCUUUCUUUUCUCGCUGGUAUUUAUGUGGUUCAUCACCGUCACGUCUUCUCUCUGUUGACUGUCCCGUGUGGAAGUGUAUGGCAGUCUGCUCCCCUUGUCUGGUCUUGUCUGGCUCAUGCUGUGAAAGAGCUGCAGAUAUCUGGUUGUCCAGCAACUAUCCCACUAGCUAAUGCAGCUUUGUCCUACUAUAACUGCAACAAGUCCUUUUAUAGAUCUAAUUCUGUUUAUACCAUUGUUCAGGCUCAAAUGUUUUAUAGACCAUGUUGUAUCUGGAGGGGUAUUGCUACAUUUGGGUUUGAGGCAUCGCCUCCCUAUGAGUCAUCGUAUGUGGUUCGUCCCAAAUGGCACCCUAUUCCCUAUACAGUGGUUCGUCCCAAAUGGCACCCUAUUCCCUAUACAGUGGUUCGUCCCAAAUGGCACCCUAUUCCCUAUACAGUGCACUACUUUAGACCAGGGCCCAUAGUGUACUAUGUAGGAAAUUGGGUGCCAUUUGGGACUCACACAUGAUGACCCGAAAAUAUUUUGUCCUGCUACGAUGGCAUUUUUUGAGACUUCAAAGGUUCAAAGAACAAACAUAAGUGGUGGUGGUGGUGGUGGUGGGGGGGGGGGGAUUGCGGUAUGCUGCUACUGCUGCCCACCCAUCAGGGAGCUGGCCUUGUUGCGAUGCAAAUGGAGCAUCUCGAAUCAUUUAACACUCUGCUUCCCCCUAAACCCCCCCCGAAGGCCCUCCCCGUUUCCCAACCACUGACUGCCCACAAUCAGUCUCAAGCGGAGCAUUGGCGGGGGGCGUUCGGCUGCGCUUUUACAGUUGAGCGGGUGUCAAAAGGCUAAGGGGUCGCAGUGGCUAGCCUGCUCAGCUAGCCAAGCGCAGCCUUAGGGGGUAGAGGGGCAGAGCCCCAGUCCUACUCUGUCACACAUAGCAAACACACUGGGAUUUUAUUAACUGAAUUUUAAAUGGUAAAAUUAACUAAACCUUUUUUUGACACUAGUCCAAAUGUUUGUUUGGCUGAUUUAGUUCAAAUUCAGUUACAUUUUUAUUUUAGAUUCUACAGGAACAAGUAUAAAAUCUGACAUUUAUGAUUGACAUUAUACAUGCAGUAAAUAGUAGAAAUAAUUGUACAGCUUAGAACAAUAUAUCUGUAGUUGUUACAACCAUUUGGUCGUCACAAAUACAUUCUAGACUACUCCAACAAUCUGUCCCAACUCUGGUCUCACCACCACCUAUCCUCCUCCCACUCUUGUCUCCCCAGGCUGUUUGCCACCAAGUGCAGUGGGUGCCUGGAGAAGAUAUCUCCCACUGAGUUUGUGAUGCGUGCCCUGGAGAGCGUGUAUCACCUGGGCUGUUUCUGCUGCUGCGUGUGCGAGAGGCAGCUGUGCAAAGGAGACGAGUUUGUCCUCAAGGAGGGCCAGCUGCUCUGCAAGUGCGACUACGAGCGGGAGAAGGAACUGCUCAGCUCCAUGAGCCCCGAUGCCUCAGAUUCAGGUAAAAGGCAAAGAUACAAGGACAACUCUCCUUUUCCCUCUGUCCCUCCCUUCAGUCCAUUUGGUUGUUGUUUUUUCCUCCUAGUCAUGUGUGUAGGUAGGGAUUUUGUGUUCCUCUACCGAGGAAGUAUUUUAAGUAGUAUUGAGUGGCGCAGUGGUCUAAGGCAUUGCAGCGCAGUUGUUAGCUGUGCCACUAGAGAUCCUGGUUCGAAUCCCGGCCGUGACCGGGAGACCCGUGGGGCAGUGCACAAUUGGCCCAGGAUAGGGGAGGGAAUGGCCGGCAGGGAUUUGGCUCAGUUGGUAGAGCAUGGCGUUUGCAACGCCAAGGUUGUGGGUUCGAUUCCCACGGGGGACCAGUAUAAAAAAAUAAAACAUAAAAAUAAUAAAAAAUGUAUGCACUCACUAACUGUAAGUUGCUCUGGAUAAGAGCGUCUGCUAAAUGACUAAAAUGUAAAUGUACCGAGGUAGUAUUAAGUGCUAUCGAGGAAAUAUUUUAAGUAGUAUUACGUGCUACCGAGGAAGUAUUUUAAGUAGUAUUAAGUGCUACAGAGGGAAGUAUUUUAAGUAGUAUUACGUGCUACCGAGGAAGUAUUUUAAGUAGUAUUAAGUGCUACAGAGGGAAGUAUUUUAAGUAGUAUUACGUGCUACCGAGGAAGUAUUUUAAGUAGUAUUAAGUGCUACCCGAGGAAGUAUUUUAAGUAGUAUUACGUGCUACCAAGGAAGUAUUUUAAGUAGUAUUAAGUGCUACAGAGGAAGUGCUAGAGAAAGAGGGAGAGAGAGAGUUUAUAACAAAGUCUAUUUUCCCUGGAUAUGAUGAAAUUGAUGUUUCUGUGGUGCUGUGUCCUGUUUCACAGACAGUGGUGCUGUGUCCUGUUUCACAGACAGUGGUGCUGUGCCCCUGUUCCACAGACAGUGGUGCUGUGGUCCUGUUCCACAGACAGUGGUGCUGUGCCCCUGUUCCACAGACAGUGGUGCUGUGGUCCUGUUCCACAGACAAUGGUGCUGUGCCCCUGUUCCACAGACAGUGGCGCUGUGGUCCUGUUCCACAGACAGUGGUGCUGUGGUCCUGUUCCACAGACAGUGGUGCUGUGCCCCUGUUACACAGACAGUGGUUGCUGUGGUCCUGUUUCCACAGACAGUGGUGCUGUGGUCCUGUUCCACAGGUGGUUGGCUGUGGUGUGGUCCUGUUCCACAGACAGUGGUGCUGUGGUCCUGUUCCACAGACAGUGGUGCUGUGGUCCUGUUCCACAGACAGUGGUGCUGUGCCCCUGUUCCACAGACAGUGGUGCUGUGGUCCUGUUCCACAGACAGUGGUGCUGUGGUCCUGUUCCACAGACAGUGGUGCUGUGGUCCUGUUCCACAGACAGUGGUGCUGUGCCCCUGUUCCACAGACAGUGGUGCUGUGGUCCUGUUCCACAGACAGUGGUGCUGUGGUCCUGUUCCACAGACAGUGGUGCUGUGGUCCUGUUCCACAGACGUGCGAGCUUCCCCUCCUAUCUGUUCCUCUGGUUCUUGCUUUUUCAAAAUAAUGAUGCAGCUUGCCAAACCAGUAUGGUUAGUAGCACCAUAUGGUUAAGAUACAAUUUUUCUGCACGGUAUCCUCAUAAACUGUAUCUAUUCUGCUUUUAUACGGUGAUGAUGACAUCGAUCCCAUGACUUCAACUACUGUAUGGAAACUGUUGAAGAGAUGGGCACUUGGUCAAAAGUAGUGCACUAUAUAGGAAAUAAGAUGCCAUUUGGGAUACAGAUAUUAUUAAAACCAGGGAGCUUAAUUUUAAAGUAUUGUGAAUGUGUGUGUUUAAUCAACAAUUAAGGUAAUUUAUAUUAAAUACAUGAUCGGAGUUAAACAUUUGGCUAAAUGGAAGAAGUUGAGAGUUGACUAAUAACAAUAAGGAAGUUCUGGAAAUGAUGAGUCAUAGGGGAUCCAUUGAACAGACGAUCUUCCAUUAUAUACUCUAGUGUGGAUACGGGUAAUUUGAAACAGUGGAGAGCGGUCAAAGAAACGGCAAUGCUGUUUCAGUUCUGUCAACAACAUCUGCUAGAACUCCACUGAAACACACAAUGUCCAGAUGACUGUUGUCUUCGUUUUUAUCCAAAGAAGGCAAGACUUAAAUCACCAGACAACUGUAGACAAGCUCACCCAUGCCUAUCAAUGCAGAGUAUAUCAAUAUUGAUUAUUUCCCAUACGGUUCUAUAACAGUAUCCUCUGCACAUUUAUUUUAAAGAAAAAUCUGCUGCUGGAUGUAGUAGUCAAGGGUUAGUCGUCAUUUGUGUUGCGUUUAGAAAACCUGUUCAACAAUGUUUCAAAUGACAAUGCUUUUUUGGUUGUAUUUCCUUUUGCAGAGAAGAGUGAAGCUGAGGAGCUGGACGGGAAGCCUGAGAAGGGCUCUGGCAGCCAGGGGAAGGGCAGUGACGACGGGAAAGACCCUCGCCGGCCCAAACGGCCGCGCACCAUCCUGACCACCCAGCAGAGGAGAGCCUUCAAGGCGUCCUUUCGAGGUGUCCUCCAAACCCUGCCGGAAGGUGACCACUCUGCCUUACCGUCUGACGAAACCUUACAGAUCCUAUAAUUUACUAGAGGAGAUGAUGUCAUAGACCUCCAUAGCUCUAGUAUGUUCCAAUAAUGGCAGCCAUGUUGGUCAGGAAUAUAUUAAAUUGAACUGAAUUUAAUACUGUGUCUUAAACAACCAUGAACUUUAGAGCCCCAUCUCAAUUUAGGCUUUUCCUGCUACUAUUAUUGUGUCUUACCAAAUAACAAUGUGUCUACCACUUCUAGAAGAUACUACUAAGAUAUUACUACUUAAAUAUCGAAAUAAAAUGUCAUUAAGAAUUUAAACAAGUAUAUUCAGACACAUAAUUUUAUCGACCAUCAAAAAGUAUACUGCAUUUUAAAUACUUUCUGCUACCUCUGACUCCCUGUAUAAGCAUGCGUUACAAGAGGGGGGUUUUAAACGUGUCUGUUUUGACCCCCCCCCCCCCAGGUUAGAGAGACGCUGGCGGCAGAGACAGGCCUGAGUGUCCGUGUUGUCCAGGUCUGGUUCCAGAACCAGAGAGCCAAGGUGAGAUUUACUGAACGAUAUCUAAGGGAGAAAAAAAAAUACACUCUAACGGCUCCAAUGCGAUCACUUUAAUAAACCAACAUUUCAACAGUCAAGUUGCAAUGAUCAUGGUUUUUAGAGCACUUUGAUGGUACCCUAUUCGGGGUCCCCAUGUGGCACUAGCUAUUUCUCUACACAGUGAACUAUAUGGCCCCCAAAAGGGCUCUGGUCAAAAGUAGUGCUCUAUAUAGGGAAUAGGGUGCCAUUUGGGACGCAGGCUAAGAUUCACUGAAAUAUGAGCCAUAUUGUCUAUACAUGUUGGUCAAACGUUUGCGUCUGUUACUAACCAGCAUUGUGUUUUAUUUGUAGAUGAAGAAGCUAGCCCGAAGGCAACAACAACAACAGGAACAGCAGAACUCCCAAAGGCUAGGCCAAGGUAGGCUGCUCUAGUUGUGUCUAUGGUGUGUGUGUGUGUGUGUGUGUGUGUUUUGUGUGUGUGUGCGCAUGCGUGUGCACGUGUGGUUGCAUAUGUGUGUGUGUGUGUGUGUUUUCUGUGUUUUGUGUGUGUGCUCAAGAGGGGAACUGGCUGGGCAGGUCUUCUGCCUUAUGAUGAGGCUUCACUGGAACUAGACUACUCCUAGAAGACCUUAUGAUGAGGCUUCACUGGAACUAGACUACUCCUAGAAUACCUUAUGAUGAGGCUUCACUGGAACUAGACUACUCCUAGAAUACCUUAUGAUGAGACUUCACUGGAACUAGACUACUCCUAGAAUACCUUAUGAUGAGACUUCACUGGAACUAGAAUACUCCUAGAAUACCUUAUGAUGAGGCUUCACUGGAACUAGACUACUCCUAGAAUACCUUAUGAUGAGGCUUCACUGGAACUAGACUACUCCUAGAAUACCUUAUGAUGAGGCUUCACUGGAACUAGACUACUCCUAGAAUACCUUAUGAUGAGACUUCACUGGAACUAGACUACUCCUAGAAGACCUUAUGAUGAGGCUUCACUGGAACUAGACUACUCCUAGAAUACCUUAUGAUGAGGCUUCACUGGAACUAGACUACUCCUAGAAUACUUUAUGAUGAGGCUUCACUGGAACUAGACUACUCCUAGAAUACUUUAUGAUGAGGCUUCACUGGAACUAGACUACUCCUAGAAUACCUUAUGAUGAGGCUUCACUGGAACUAGACUACUCCUAGAAUACCUUAUGAUGAGACUUCACUGGAACUAGACUACUCCUAGAAUAUCUUAUGAUGAGGCUUCACUGGAACUAGACUACUCCUAGAAUACCUUAUGAUGAGACUUCACUGUAACUAGACUACUCCUAGAAUAUCAGCAAAGUCACAGUUGAGUAGAACUCUCACACAAGUCAAGGCCAGAGAGACUCCGUAUCAAGCGUCUCAGAGUUGGAGUGAUGAUCUAGGAACAGGUCCCCGUUGUCCAUAUAAUAUGAUCUUAAAGGCAAAACGGACCCUAGAUCAGCGCUCUUACUCUGAGACGCUUGACAGAUACUGCCUAACAGCUUUAAGAGAGGUCACACCACUUCUCAACUGAAGCCAUCCGUCCAUCCAUAGACAGCCAAUCUGAUCUCACAACAGACCACCCGACAACCUCAAUUCUCCCUUCACUUUAAAAUGUCCCUGACCAGGGUGAGACAGGACAGGGGUCAUUCCAGUGGUGAAUGGUUCUGACCAGGGUGAGACAGGACAGGGUCAUUCCAGUGGUGAAUGGUCUGACCAGGGUGAGACAGGACAGGGGUCAUUCCAGUGGUGAAUGGUCCUGACCAGGGUGAGACAGGACAGGGGUCAUUCCAGUGGUGAAUGGUCCUGACCAGGGUGAGACAGGACAGGGGUCAUUCCAGUGGUGAAUGGUUCUGACCAGGGUGAGACAGGACAGGGGUCAUUCCAGUGGUGAAUGGUCUGACCAGGGUGAGACAGGACGGGGGUCAUUCCAGUGGUGAAGGGUUUCUGACCAGGGUGAGACAGGACAGGGGUCAUUCCAGUGGUGAAUGGUUCUGACCAGGGUGAGACAGGACAGGGGUCAUUCCAGUGGUGAAUGGUCCUGACCAGGUUGAGACAGGACAGGGGUCAUUCCAGUGGUGAAUGGUCCUGACCAGGGUGAGACAGGACAGGGGUCAUUCCAGUGGUGAAUGGUCCUGACCAGGGUGAGACAGGACAGGGGUCAAAGCCAGGCUUCAGUCCCAUGAUGUGUUAUUAUUACCCACUAUCCAAUAUCCCCCAGAGCCCUGACCCGUACACCUUCCGCUCCCACUACCACCACUGUUAGCGAUAUUACUGUGCGCGUGCGUGUGUGGGUUUGUACGUGUGUGCGUGCGUGUACGUGCGUGCGUGCGUGAGGUCACUGCCCAGUAUCAAACUCCCAACCCAGCAGAUUUGUGACAGAAACUCACUGUUUGAAUUAAGGGUAGCAGUAUCUAUAGACUAUUAUAGACCGGGUGGUUCCUCUUCUGGCUUAAUUGCUUAAUUAUAAACCAGGUAUAUAUCCUCCUAGGGCCUUAUUGCUUAAUUAUAAACCAGGUAUAUAUCCUCCUAGGGCCUUAUUGCUUAAUUAUAAACCAGGGUAUAUAUCCUCCUAGGGCCUUAUUGCUUAACUAUAUGUAUAUAGCGUCGCAGUAUACAACACAUAAUUCAACUUGUACAUUUGCGCUUUAGGAUAAAAAUUGCUAAAUAAUGUAGACGCUGAAAGUGCUAAGAAGCAUCCAGGUGUUUUGUCUCCAUAUUUAACCUAGUAUUGAUUCCGUGCUAAUUUUUUGUUUAUAUUCUGGAUUUUUAUUCCUUCGCCUUUUUGAUAUUGAAUAUUGUUGAGAUGUUUAAAGAUUGUUGCAAAACUGAUGUCAUUUGGGUGUUAGUGUUGAUUAGAAUCAAAUCAAAUCAAAGCCAGGGGUUAUCAAGUGUGAGGUAGUGUGUUGGUGUUAUCAGCUCGGCUCCCCACGGCUGUGGUGCUUUAUCGAGGACAGGAUAUGAGAGACGGAGUAGAUAAGUGCUCAGCGCCUCCGAAAGUACAAGUCAUGCCGUUUGCGAAUGGGCUGCCAUGUCAAUAAUGUGAUCUAAUAACCAUGGGUUUAUAACCACCUCAGUCACCCAGUGUAGUUAACUAAAUCAGCUAUGGGACUUUAAUAACCGCCUCAGUCACCCAGUGUAGUUAACAAAAUGAGCUCUGGGACUUUAAUACGUGUUGAAGUUGUGACUAAGCGCAUUUAGUGUGAACUGAGAACCUUUCAAUCCAAACGGAAAACUUUGGAAACUGCGUACACAAGCACUUCUCCUCACACACACACACACAUGUUAGUGUUUUUAAAUCUACAGUGCCUUCGGAAAGUAUUCAGACCCCUUGACUUUUUCCACAUUUGUUACGUUACAGCCUUAUUCUAAAAUGGAUAAAAAAAUAAUAAUCCUCAGCAAUCUACACACAAUACCCCAUAAUGACAAAGCGAAAACAGGUUUUUAGACAUUUUUGCAAAUGUAUUACAAAUAAAAAAUGGAAAUAGCUUAUUUACAAAAGUAUUCAGACCCUUUGCUAUGACACUCGAAAUUGAGCUCAGGUGGAUCCUGUUUCCAUUGAUCAUCCUUGAGAUGUUUCUACAACUUGAUUGGAGUCCACCUGUGGUAAAUUCAAUUGACUGGACAUGAUUUGGAAAGGCACAGACCUGUCUAUAUAAGGUCCCACAGUUGACCAGUGCAUGUCAGAGCAAAAACCAAGCCAUGAGGUCGAAGGAAUUGUCCGUAGAGCUCAGAGACAGGAUUGUGUCGAGGCACAGAUCUGGGGAAGAGUACCAACAAAUGUCUGCAGCAUUGAAGGUCCCCAAGAACACAGUGGCCUCCAUCAUUCUAAAAUGGAAGAAGUCUGGAACCACCAAGAAUAUUCUCCAAACUGACCAAUCGGGGAGAAGGGCCUUGGUCAGGGAGGUGACCAAGAACCCGAUGGUCACUCUGACAGAGCUCCAGAGCUCCUCUGUGGAGAUGGGAGAACCUUCCAGAAGGACAACCAUCUCUGCAGCACUCCACCAAUCAGGCCUUUAUAGUAGAGUGGCCAGACUGAAGCCACUCCUCAGUAAAAUGCACAUGACAGCCCUCUUGGAGUUUGCCAAAAGGCACCUAAAGACUCUCAGACCAUGAGAAACAUGAUUCUCUGGUCUGAUGAAACCAAGAUUGAACUUUUUGGCCUGAACGCCAAGCGUCACAUCUGGAGGAAACCUGGCGCCAUCCCUACGAUGAAGCAUGGUGGUGGCAGCAUCAUGCUGUGGGGAUGUUUUUCAACGUCAGGGACUGGGAGACUAGUCAGGAUCGAGGCAAAGAUGAACGGAGCAAAGUACAGAGAGAUCCUUGAUGAAAACCUGCUCCAGAGCGCUCAGGACCUCAGACUGGGGCAAAGUUUCACCUUCCAAUUGGAACAAUUUAAUCAGUUUUAGAAUAUGGCUGUAACCUAACAAAAUGUGGAAAAAGUCAAGGGGUCUGAAUACCUUCCGAAGGCACUGUAUGUAAAUUGUGAAGUAUUUUGUCUGUAGUGUCUUACAUUUUAGUCAUUUAGCAGACGCUCUUAUCCAGAGCGACUUACAUCAGCAAUUAGGGUUAAGUGCCUUGCUUAAGGGCACAUCGACAGAUUUUUCACCUAGUCGGCUCGGGGAUUAGAACCAGCAACCUUUCAGUUACUGGCACAACGCUCUUACCCACUAAGCUACCUGCCGCCCUAGUUAUCUUCGUUAUAUGUCGGACCCCAGUAGGACUAGCUGUCGCCAUGGGGCUCCUAAUAAAUCAAAUCAAAUCACUGGAGAGCAGGUUGUAAGAAUAGGUCAAUAGGUCAAUAGGUCAAGGACAGAAGAGAUAUUCUGUUUCCACACACAUUCACCUGUGUGUCUCUGUCCCCUCCAGAAGUGA